UGUGCCCCCGGCCCGGCCGAAUCCAGUUCGCCCCCUUCUCCUUCAGUCGCCGCGCCGCGCACUGUUCCUGCACCAGCUUGGCCUCCUUUUAAAGCCCGCCGCGCCGUGCUCCCCCUGCUUGAGCUCUUCCUUCUUCCCUCACCCGCCACCCUUCCUCCUCACCUGCUUCUUCUUCUACCGAUCAUCAUCAGCUCACACACUACUCCCAACUCCCAAGAGAGGAAGAGGAGAGAGAGAGAGAAGAAGGUGAAGGAGGCUCUGCAGAUUUAUUUCUGGCCGCACCAAAAUUCAGUUCAGAAGCGGGCAGAACCAACGAAAAGUCAGCUCAAAGUCCAAGCUCCGAUUAUUCCAGCAGCUGGAAACGUGACAGGGUUUCUUGUGCUCCUCUUCCUUGCAGCGAUCGGGCCGGGCGUGCUGCUGCUGCGCGUUCCGUGGGAUGCCCGCGGCGGCGCCGGCGACUUGAGCCAUGACCCAGUACGUCCCUGAUUGGAGCAGCGGCAUGGGGGACGCCUUCGCGACAUUCAACGGCGGCGACGACGACGGGCUCAUGGAGCUGCUCUGGUGCAACGGCCACGUGGUCAUGCAGAGCCAGGCGCCGAGGAAGCCGGCGAGGCCCGAGAAGGUUGCGGCGCCCGCGGCGGCGGCGGCGGCGGCGCUGGACGACGAGGCGGCGGCGUGGUUCCAGUACCCGGCGGAGGACGCGCUCGAGAGGGACCUCUUCACGGAGCUCUUCGGGGAGGCGCCGGCGGCCGGCGCCGGCGGCAGCGGCAGGGCGUGCAAGGAGGAGGCGGGGUGCGCGGGCGAGGCCGCGGCCCGCCGGAGCGGGACGAUGAUGCCGCCGCAGCCGCGGAAGAAGGCGUGCCCGGGGGACAUCGGCGACGUCUCGGACGGCGCCGCGGCGCGGGCGGCCGCCGCCGGCGGCGAGCGCGCAGCGACCGCGACGGAGGCCGUCGAGUCGUCCAUGCUGACGGUCGGGCCGAGCUUCUGCGGGAGCAACCACGUGCAGGCGCCGCGCGCCCCGCCGCCGCCGGGGGCCGCGGGGAAGGCCGGCGGCAGGGCCUGCGACGCGGCGACGGUGACCUCGUCGUCGAUGCGGCCGAGGUCCUGCACCACCAGGGCCGGGCAGGCAGGCGCCGCCGCCCACCGGAGCAGCAAGCGGAGGCCGAGCGACGCCACGGAGACCGAGGACGCGGAGUUCCAGUCCGCCGACGCAACGUGCGAGCUGCCGGCGCAGAAGCUGACGACGGCCAAGCGGCGGCGCGCCGCCGAAGUCCACAACCUCUCGGAGCGGAGACGAAGGGACAGGAUCAACGAGAAGAUGAAGACCCUGCAGGAGCUCAUUCCUCACUGCAACAAAACGGACAAGGCGUCGAUGCUGGACGAGGCGAUCGAGUACCUCAAGACGCUGCAGCUCCAGCUGCAGAUGAUGUGGAUGGGCGGCGGGAUGGCGGCGGCGGCGGCGCCGGUGAUGUUCCCGGCGGGGGUGCACCAGUACAUGCAGCGGAUGGUGGCCUCUCCUCACGUGGCGUCCAUGCCCAGGAUGCCGUUCUUGGCGCCGCCGGCCGUGCAGAGCCCGCCGGGGGCCGACCCCUACGCCCACUACCUCGCCGUCGACCACCUGCAGCCGCCGCCGGCGGCGGCGGCGGCCCCCAUGCAUUACCUGCAGGGGAUGGGCUUCUACCAGCAGCAGCAGAGCCCGGCGCUGCCGCCACCACCGCCGCCCGCCGUGCCGGCCACCAGCCUGCCUGCGGCGACUGCACGGACGUCGCCUCCCGAUGGCACCCUGCACAAAAAAUACGAAAACUGUGGCAAGACUGAGAUCCAGGGUAUCACCAGCUGAUGGGGGUUCUGCAUGUGCGUGUAGUUGGUAACAGUACUGAUGCUGUAAGGUUAAGGCUUGACUGAGACCGAUAUAUGAUUAGUCCUAGAUAAAUUUGAGAUUUGUUCAAUCCCUUGACUGAUGAAGCCAUUUUUUUUACCCGUUUGGUAGGCAGUGUAGUAAUUUGAUCGGUGAUUGAGAUUUGCCAAGUCAUGCAAUUCUUUCUCGCGAUGUAUGCAAAAUGUUCAUAUGUACUGAAUGGUGUUGUGUUCCACUACUGGUUGCUGACCAUGUCACGCCUACUCUAUGAUUAUAUUGUUUACCCAAAUUGUUUCAGAGAUCGUUUGGGGAAUGCAAAGUUUGGAUUCAGACA